GGCAUCAUAUAGAUCAUCUGUACAUUCUGUUGUGGCCGUACUUUGUUCUAAAAUUUUUGCCGUUUAUUGAACUUUAAUUAUUUGAGUUAAAAUAUUAAGAUAAUUUCAUGCAAUAAUGCAGCGAUAUAACAAUUUGAGUGAGUGUAUUCAAAUGUGCGACAGAAUUUUACGAACAAACACUUAUCCACGAACUAACCUAAUUCCACCAGAAGGCAAAGAAAAGUUUAAUCCUGAUACAUUAUUUCUGAGAAAUGUCAACGCUUUUUAUCCAUCCAGAACUAUUGUUGUACAGAACUUUUUAUCUGAGGCUGAAGCACACGUUCAAAGUUUCGUCGCCAUGUUUGGAAUCGUGGAAAUAUGCGAGCUGAUCAAAGAAGACGCGCCAUCUUGUUUGGCUGUUGUGCAGUACAAGUUUAAGCGUUCGGCUGCUGAUGCAUUACUUGCUAUGCCAAAUUGCCAAGUUCGUGGCAGUAAUCUGAUUGUCAACCUCCUAUGGAACGGACCGUACGAGAACAUUGGAACCAUCACCCAAAGUGUGCGCAAAUCUUUCAAACAGUGCGCCGAGAAGCGCGUCGUGUGCAUCGGCCAUCUGCCGCGGAUCAUCACAGAAGACGCUAUUCGUUACAAAUGCGAGAAAUACGGCAAAGUGGAGAGUGUCCAGGUGCAGCCACAGGAGCAAGGAGCCUUUGCCUAUGUGGUGUUCGAAUCGGCAUUUUCGGCUGCUAUAGCGAACUAUUGUCUGCGUAACAGUUCGACCAGCAACGCAGCUUUGAUGCUGGGAUAUAGUGAAAAUAACAGUCCAGUUCUUCUGGGACCAGUCCGAGUCAGACCCUUGGACCAAUACAUGGUUCCUCUGACAGCUUUCGACGUCCGGUGCAUUUGCACAAGGUUUUUGGAUUACUCCAGAAUGAAAGGCUUGUUUGUCAAUCUGCAACGAAAACUUCCUUUGCAUCAUUUCUUUAGACCUGGAGCACCAGAAUACUGUAUCAGAUUGCCAACCACUCAAGCCAAGGGGGUGUCAAUCUUUUUGGAAAUUUUGCUAUUCGAAGGAAAUUAUAUAAAAAAUGCUGAUGAUAUUACUGAGAUGGCAUAUCAAGUGUGUAACAACAAGUAUUUGUUCAGAUUUUCUGUCGAUUUUGGCUUGCAUAAACCGAUUAUGACUUACGACGAUAAUAUGCCUCGUGCAAACCAGCAUUUCUUGCGGUGGAAUUCCUUCUUCAUCCUCGAUCUGCAAAUUUGCUUCCCUUGGGGGAUUUCGGAACCCAGACUGGAACCAAGGAUUCAGGCCAUGAACCACAUCUACAGUGACAUAGACCAGCGGGCAUUCGAAGACGACGUCACUGGAUCCUCGUGGUUUGGCGUCGCACUACGUUAUUCCACCUGCAAUCUCGCACCCAGUGCCGACGAAGGCCAAUACAGACAAAAAAUUAAAUUCUUACUUGCAGAGAAUGUGCCCUUGAUAAGGAUUGUGGGGUCUGUGGAAGACAUGAAUACGUAUCAGUUGCCAGUCCAUGUGUUUUCAGAUACACAUUUGAAUCUAAAGAAAAACUAAGACUGGAAACUAUUGGAACUCAUUGUACUGAAAUCAUUAGAUCGAAUGAGUAUUUGUAUUUAGAUGCACACUCGAAUUUUAAGAACUCAUUUCUACUGGAAUAGACUAAAACUGAUUGUUCUGGAAUCAUUUGAUUCGAUUGAGGUUUGUUUUCAGAUGUGCACUUGAAUUUACAAAACUAAUGACUGGAACUGAUUGUACUAGAAGAAUCAUUACAUUAGACUGAUGUUUCAGUUUUAAGAUCUAACCGAGAUGAACUCUUCAAAUAAAUCGGAUGAAGACAAAGCUUAUUUCCAGAAAUUCAGGAAUAAAACAAAGUUUAUUUAAUUCUUCUAAAGACUCAUUUGUAAUUUCCUUAAUUUUGCUACGUAAGAAUAAAUGAGCUUUAUGGCGUUUUUGCGCUAAAAGAGCUUGA